CUGAGCGAACGAGCCUUCUCUCUGUUUCACUCUACAUGUCAACUUUACAACUCAAGUAUCCAAGCAUGAAACGCAGGCGGUUGUUGCUUUCCCUGCCUCACUUACCCACCAUUACUGAGACGCUUGAGGACUUGCCUGUCCACCCCUCAUCCACUCAAUCUUCCCAGAUCGCCCAGUCUCUAGAGGACUACAUGACUAGUAUUCAGGCCCUUGCACGCCCUGCGGAGGCACUGAGCGGCGGCCUCGUCAGACUCCAGAAGUCCCCCAAGCUACGGCAGUUCUCAAAGGCUCAAAUGAAGCUUUCUGUCUCAGCCUCACCUCCUCGCGGCUCUUCCCGCACACUAAGGACUUCCAGACAUUACAGUCUGAGUCUAAACAGCCCAGAGGAUUUUUCUCUUAAGAUGGGCAGAGAAAAAGACUGCAGGGUCAUGGACCCUGUAGACUGGCUGUUUGGACAGAUAAGGACUUGAAGAGAGACGUUGUUGUGGGAUGCCCUGAAAGGCACUUUGGUGGAAUAUCUCAUAAUCCAAAAAGGUUCGAAGAAUCGGCUUUAUUUAUGAAGAUUAAAAACAAUGCACUGAAUGAUGAGACUCAUUAUGAAGGCUGGACAAAGACCAAAACACCAAAGAAAAGUGAAGAUCUAUUUAUUUCUACCGAGGACUCAAGUCUACAUGUUUACGUUGUGAAUUUUGUAAAGACGUAAAUGAUAUACUUUCUAAUAAAAUACUAAAAUAAUCAUGAAUAUUCUCUGUUCUUUCUGAAGUUAUUACAAAGAGCUGAAUGAUUUAAAAUCAAAACAGUUUCAGUUCCAGCUUUAAAAGCUUGUAAGAAUUGUCUUUGUUUUCUGCUGUUUUCUGCCAUGAACUGGAGUUUUGGACUGUUGGUCAAACAAAACAAAACAUUUGAAGACAUCCGCUUGGAGACAGUUUUAUGACUUUUUGACAUUUUA